AUGGCGGCCGCUGCUCGAUUCGCUCUGCUCCUUUUGGUUACUGUAGGUACCGCACUAGCGGCACUACCAGACUUGGGAUAUCCAGGAUGGCAAUGUGAUGCUUCCCUUUAUCAGAAGUCCAAAAAAGUGCCCACUUCCGCGCACUCUGUUCGUUUUUCGGAUAUCAAAGUCAUCGGAGCCCUCGGAGACUCCCUGACCGCUGCCAAUGGAGCUGGAGCACCAAAGGGGGAUCCACUUGCUGUGAUUCUUCAGUAUAGAGGGCUUGCAUUCCAGUGCGGAGGUGAUAGCUCGUUGGAUGAGCAUGUCACUGUUGCUAAUGUGCUCAAAAAGUUCAGUCCGAAUCUCAUGGGAUACUCUACCGGCAUCGGAAGUGCCAACGUCUGGGAGGUCUCGAAACUAAACCAAGCCGUUCCUGGAGCCGAGGCAGUUGACACCAUCACCCAGGCCAGAGCUUUGGUCCAGAUUAUUCAGAGUCAUAAGGAGAUCGACUAUAAAAAUGACUGGAAGCUGGUGAACAUUUUCAUCGGAGCCAAUGACAUGUGCGCUUACUGUAAUGAUGGAGAGAAUGGAGCACACUCAAAGGCCCAGUGGAAACAGAAUGUGAUCACUGCGGUGCAGAUUUUGAAGGAUAACUUGCCAAGAACCAUCGUCUCAAUGACGGGAAUGUUUGACAUGCGAAUGCUCCGCCAAAUCGACCACGACAAAUACUUCUGCGAUGGUCUUCACACCUUCGAGUGCCCCUGCGAAAAGAAUAAGGCAUUCACCAAUGACUUGGUCUCGGCCGCUUGCCAUCGCUACAUGGACGCCCAGUUGGAGAUCCAGAAUUCCGGAAUCUUCGACACCACCGACGACUUCACCUUCGUCGUUCAGCCAUUCUUCAACGGCAUCACUAUUCCACCACUAAAACCCGACGGAGAUGUCAAUUUGGACUGGUUCGCUCCAGAUUGCUUCCAUUUCUCGAAGCUGGGACAUGCCAACGUUGCCAAGCACUUGUGGAAUAAUAUUGUGCAACCGGUAGGAUCGAAAACACAAUUGUGA